AAUCUACCUUCAUUAUCAGUCAAUGACCACUGCGGGCGAUUGAAUGUUAGGCAAGCCGACCUAGAAAUCUGCAAAACCCAUCUUCAUCGGAGCCACAAAAUGUUUGUUUUCUUCUAAUCGAUUUGAUUUUUCAUGUGGGUCUGUCUAGUUCUGUCAGACCCAAUUUGUAUAUAUUGUUUUCGUGAUCGCACCUUCCAAAUUUCUGGGUUUUCAAUGCUUUUCAUGAUCUUUGCUUCACAGAAAGAACAGGGGAAAGGGAGAUACAUGUUCAUUUACGGCGCAUUUGCAGCUUCGUUAAGCAAGAUUCUCUCUUGCAUGGGAGGCUGUCUUGGAUGCUGGAAAUCGACAUCUAUUGUUAAUGGGGAUCGACCAUCAACUGGAAAUGGAUUUCAUGGGCAAAUAGUGCGUAAACCGAGUGCUUCUGAGGAGUUUUGGAGCACGAGCACACAUGAUCUUGAUUAUCACGGACUCUUAUCUCAAAGAAGCAUGUCAUCCCAAAUCUUACCAAGUCAGAACGACCCUUCUGAAUUUGUAAAUCAUGGUCUCCUUGUGUGGAAUCAAACAAGAUUACAUUGGGUUGGAAAUAAGAAGAAGUCUGAGAACCAUGGAAAGCACCUCAAACCCAAAAUAAGUUGGAAUGCAACUUAUGACACCUUGCUUGGUAGUAAUAAACGUUUCACCAGGAGAAUCCCCUUAGCCGAAAUGGUAGAGUUCCUGUCAGAUAUAUGGGAGGAAGAAGGUCUAUAUGAAUGAGAAAUGGCUAAACCAGGAAUCCAAACAUUGUUUGGCUUAUUAAUAUGGAGCGAUUGUCUCGAUUUCAAGCUCCUCUUGUUGAUGCAAAUUUCCGAUUGAUUUUAUUUCACGAGCGAUCCUGACAAACUUUACCACAGUUGACCAGUUUGUAUGAGUUUUAAUUGUCGAUGAUUUUAGUAUAGUUGUGUACUUUGUUUUUGUGCUUGUGUUGUACAAGAAUCUUUAUAAUUCCAAAUUGUUGUGUGGACAAUUCAGAAUUCUUAAUGAACCCCUAAAUAUGUUUGAU